GGAGAGAGAGACAGAGAGGCACACACACACACAUAGAGAGAGAGAGGCAGACACACACACACACACACACACAGAGAAAGUCAGUCCAGUGUAUUGGAGCUGUGCGCCGGGGAGCUACCUCACUUUCAUCCGCCAGGUUUUUUGUUUAAUGGGAUUUAUCACCGUCCACGUGUCGAGUUCACUAUGGAGAGAUCACUACUGACUGAGAUCAGUUCAUCACUUCGUUUGCUCGUCUGAUAGAAUGCCUUCUUUCACAGUGAUAAUUCCCCUAGCACAUUUGCGAGAAUCAAGCAGCAAGGAAGUUGGACUAACCAGAAUAUCAAGCAGCAGCGAGGUGAAGGUGUGCACUGCACAGAUUUCCAGGACAACGAUUUUCUAUACUUCCUCUUUAGGGAUUCUAGUGCAAUAAGACUUAACUACACAAAUGUGUACCCUUCCACAAAGGCAGCAUCUAAAUCCUACAGUAUCUUAGUACCAGAUAUCAGUAUGACUGAGUUCAAAGACACAACCAACCGCCAUCUCAGGCACAAACUUCAAAGUUUGGGGCGGCGUCUGGAUGAGCUUGAGGAGGCCACAAGUAAGCUCCAAAAGGCUGAGGAUGAACUUCUGGACCUCCAAGACAAAAUCAUCCAAGCUGAGGGAAGUAACUCCUCCUUGCUUGGUGAUGUUGAAGCACUUCGCAAGAGAGUUCUUAAAAUUGAGGGGAAGGAUGAGGAGGUGAGAAAAGCAGAAGACCUUUGCCGAUUGAUAAAGGAGAAACUAGAAGAAGAAGAGAAUCUUACUAAGGAGCUCAAAGCAGAGAUUGAGCGUCUUCAGCUCAAAAUGACCGAUCUGGAGAAGUUGGAGGAAGCAUUUGGGAAAAGCAAAUCAGACUGUACACAACUUUGCCUGAGCCUAAAUGAAGAAAAAAAUCUUACUAAGAAGCUCUCUGCUGAGCUAGAGGCCCUGAAGGCCAGAGUAAAGGAAGUGGAUGCCUCUGAGGUGUCUUUGACCCGGGCAGAGCAGGCCCUGACCACUGAGUUGGAGAAACUAAAAAGCCUCACUCAGACAUUUGUUGUGGAACGCAAAAAGCUCCUGGAAAAACAGAGGGAAGAUGAAAAGAUCAUUCUCAAAUUAACUGAAAAGCUUGAACAACAGAAAAGCAAGGUUGGUUCCUUAGACCAUAGCCUCAAUGAGUCCCAUGAACUUAUUAUUGAGGAUGACCUCUCAGCAGGCCUUGGUACCAAACUGGCACGAAAGAAGAAGCUCUCACAAGAUGUUGGCUUGAGAAACAAAUCAGAGAAUGAAAAAAACUGCCUAGAGGGGCCAGAGGACAACAAGAUAAAAGACCUUACACAAGAAGUAGAAAAUCUAAAGAGCCGCUUGAAGCAGCUGGAAAUGGUAGAAGAGGACCUGAAAAACACUGAAUCAAAGAAUACUGAGCUAGAAGUAAAGUUUCAGCAAGAGAGGAGUCGCAACCAAGUGCUGAAUGACCAACUCGAGCAGCUGAAGAUUCAGUUUUUUAGUAGUAAUGGAAGUCUGUCUUUUGUUUCCAGUACGCCAAAUGUUCUCGAGAAUGGCAAAGCUGAAACUGAGGAGAUCAACGUACGUGGUGGCUCUAGGCAGGAGAAGAAGUGUAAGGUUUUGGCUGCCACUGAGGCAGUUAAUCCAAAGUAUAAAAAAAGAGACAAUUCACCACAGCAACUGAAAUUUAAGAGUAAAGAUCUCAGCCAGGCAGCAGAGAAAUCCCCUACGCGGAGGGCACUAAGUCCUGCCCAUAGGCCUAAGAAAACUGGGUUGAAAACUGGGUCUUCAAAUACUGCUGACAGUGGGCUAAAAUAUGAAAACACUGUUGAGGAUAAACUUGGAAGUGCCUUACAGGCCACAAGUGAGAAUAAAGUUUCUGUACUUAGCCGUUAUCCUCCAGCUGCCCGUGACCAAAAGACUGGAAAGGUAUCAGUCAAGCCAGGUAACACUGAUAGCAAGAAAGCAAGCAGAGUUGUGUCUCUGCCAGAAAAAGACAAAUUAACUGAAACAGAGUCUACAGGACCUCCACAAGAGGUAACUACAGUGGUAAGUCUUUCCCAUGCAAAUGGGUCUUACGCUGCCUACAGAUCCCACGUAACGUCAUCUGGUGCAAUUGAUCAUGGAUCAGAAGGUCACUCGUCAGCGUCUGAGACAGAAUCUGUUGGAUCAAAGCGCUCAGUGGGUGAGCAAGACACUACUCCUGUAAUAUCCAUUAUAGGUGGCAGAACAACCGAAUCCAAGUAUUCAAGGUACGCUCGAUUGCAGGAUACUCACUCCGCUGGAUCUUCAACAAGGAGCUCUUAUGAUGAGGAGCAGCACAGGGCCCUGAUGUUGGAAGGUGGAUCUCAGGAACCUUUUCAGACAUCCACAGGAAUUGAAAUCCAACGUGUGUGCAGCCCACGUGAGGCUUUAUGCUCUAAAGUACUCAUCAAGCCAGCCAUCAUAGAGUAUGACAGGAAGGAAAUUAUGUCAGGAGGGAGCAUGGAUCCAACCCAUACUAACGAGAAACCGAAAAUAGCCAGCAAGCCUAACAAGAUGACCAGCAGCAUUACUUUCUAUCCCAAUGACCCCAGUGCUUCUCGAAGCAGCAGUCGAAGCAGCAGUGUUUCAAGUGAACCUCUACCCAGGAAUCGACACACUUCUACCAGCAAUAUUGUCAUUGGGCCAAACCCUGAGCUCAGAGGUAGCAUCACCAUCCCAUAUGAAAUAUCCAUUCCCAAGAGCGAGAUCACUCUAAGAUCUGCUGAUAGUGAUAUUGACAACUCUGAACUUCCUAACGUCCUGGAGACAGCUCGUAUAGAAACAACAAUUCUGUCCCGGAGCAGUUUGAAUUUUCAGUCCCCAGAAAUGGGCUCUGAGCUAAACAACAGUGAGUCAGGCUUUGAAAGCAAUGAAAGUAUUAUUACAACUGCGACAGUCAUGAGCCAGAGAAGCCACAACAAUGACCACUGCUCAUCCCAGGAGGAUAAUGUGCCAGAGAUGAGGAAUGUGACUGUUAGAAGUGCAUGGAGGAAUCGAGGGUCAGUAAGUGCGGACCAAGUUGGUCAAGGACCAAGACAUGAUGGUUUGGAGGAUGAAACAGAACCCACCACAACAUGGAGAGCGUACAGAGCUACCACUGUUCUGGACACAGAGGAGAAUUUAACAUCUCCGAAUGUCACAGCACGAGUUGGAAAGCCAAGCCCAGCAGAGCGGUAUAUGCGAAGGAUCAGUAGCGGAAAUACUGCUAGAGAUUCUCUAGAGUCCUCACGCAGGAACAAGAGUGUGUCCCCAAUAGAUAGCAGUCUUCAAAAGAUCAUCCCCCAUGAGCCUGUCUGUGCCCAGCAACUGCAACCAAGAAUGCGAAAAGAACAUCUUGCUGUUGAUGAGAGCGAGCCAGCAGUAACCACGUGGAGGAGGCGGUCCGUAGAUGACCUGAACCCGUCCGAGCGGCGCAGAGGUCGAGGGUCGUGGACAGGCAAGGCUAGCGUCGGCGACGGGAGUCGCCCCUGGAACAGCCGUCAGCUUGACAACUAACACUGUGCUUCCACAGAGGUCCCAUGUGUGAUGUCGCUCUCGUGUUUAGGCUCCGCUGCAUUUCAAUCCUCAGACAAUCUCCAUGCUGCACUUGAACUCCCCUAGCUCCUUCCACACCACCUCUGGCCUCACUUGCCCUUGGCCUUUCUACAGCUGCAAUGGUGUGUUGCCCGGGCCGGGACGCAUGCUUGCCGAGAGGGACGGGGAAACGGAGAGACAGGGUUCAGUGCUGCUGAGAUUUUACACAGAUUAGGUGCAUCAUCUCUACUCUGGAAGUGACGUUGGACACCUGAGCUUUGGGGCUAUGUGGUACAGCAAGGAGCAUCCUGUAUCUCAUAAAAUCUGUGCUUAUGAUUAAAUAUAUAUAUAUUUUUUUCUUCUCUUCCUUCCACAUGAUCAGGAAUUUUGUCGACUUGUUGCACAAACACAGGAUCAUCAUGCAAACGCACAGCUUUGCACAUUCUCAAAUAUUCAUCAGGAAAACGAAAAGUGUCCCUGUCCGUGCUCAUAUAUGAUCUUUUUUAUCCAUGCUUUUUGUCUGUAUCAGCCUUCAGAGUGCCAAAGUGUCCUCCUUUCUUUUUUUUUAUAUAAAUAUUACACUUCUGUUUGUCACCAUGCUGUCACUGGUUGUGAAAUUGCACAUCAGAAAAUGGCAACCAGCAAUAAACGCAUGACUUUUAAUUUUAAUUAAUUUUUGCAGACAAGCUGCUUCUCGAACAGCGCAGGAUAUUAGAAUGGGAUCAUGGUCCAAUCAUCAGUAUGUAAAUAAAUAAAUGUGUAAGAAACUGGAUACCUGGGUGGUUUGGACACUUAGAGCGGAACACACAAACACACGCACGCUUUGCACAGACAGAAACAAGGCAUAAAGAGAAAGUGGAAUGGUUGUUUUUAUUCCCAGGACACCGAGGCUGAAACCAACUGAACCACUUUGCUCCCACGGUGCAUUGCUGCAGGAAUGGGACUGCGAUUCGGCACUGCAGACGUAAACUAAAGCGCCGAAAUCCAUCCACAUCUCCAUGCGCUACCUGCUGACACGGGCUGCAGUGAUGUCAUGAGCCCUGAGCUCUGAUUGGAUAAGAAGGGUGUUUUGAAAAUUACAGCAGCUACUGUGAUUGGACUCUGAAAAUGAGCACUGAUCAGGUUCGUUGUCGUCGUCUUCAGCUUCAGCUUUUUUUUUUUCUUUUUUCUUUUUUUUUUUUUAUAUAAAAACAUACCGAAAUGCUGUUAUGGACAUGCGUCUUAAAACUGAACUCAAAAAAAAAAAAAAUAAUAAUGAUGCCAGUUGUGGGUCCACUGUCCUCUAGUCCCUAGACAAGUCAAUCCAAAUUUCACUGGAUUCAUGGGAUCUGUCUUUCUGUCUGUCUGUCUAACAGUUUCUGCUCAAAGCAUCUGUAUCAUUCAGCUUUGCCAUGUUUUCUCUGUAGUCUCUCUUUAAGAGGAACCCAGUUCAAGUCAUUAGCGUUAACUGAUCUUGUGUGCCGUCGUGGCCAGUGUUUCCCAUUCCAACACCGUCCGCUUCUGCUGUCGCGUAGAUGGUCUUCGUCUAGACGUUUGAGCGCUUGUUGCACUUAGUUGAAGAAAGUUACAUUUCCACUUCCAAUAUAUUGCUAAGAGUAUGCAGAAGUGUUUUGGUUUUUUUUUUUUUAGAUGCUUAGAUUCUAUCACCCACUAAAGUUUGUACGAGAGGCGUGUGUGUGUGUGUGCGAGAGAGAGAGAUUGAGAGAGAGAGAAUGUGUGUUUGUCUGACACUCAUUGUCACCUACAGUCUCUCUCACACAAUGUAACAAUGUGAGUUUGUGUGUGCGAGAGACUGUGUGUGUGUGAGAGUGUGUCUAGCAGGAGAGAUCUCCAGCUUUUUAAGAUAAAGUGCAUUAUGUUUCUCAGCUGUGCUUCUAAUUCCUCCCCAAAAAAAUGCUUAUACCAAACCACUUUUUUUUUCUUUUUAAACCUACAACACGUAUCGACAUGCUCCCGAAAAUUCCACACCGCCGACACCCUCAACCAGCUCCAUUUCCUCUGUUGGGGAUUUCAGGUUGCUGUGAAUCACUGGCGCCCAUCACACAACCCAGAAACACCCCCAAACCCACAACAGUGUCUCAAAGUCAUUUUGUUAGCUGCGCAAAUGUCAUUGCAGUUAAUAAACAGAGCCAUGAUUUAUUUUUAUUUUUCAGUUCUUUUCUUUUCAAAGUCAGCACUGCAGCUACUUGUGUUCUUAGAGGUGCUAAAAAUAAUAUUUUUGGGGAUAGCACUGUUUAUAAAGAGAGAUCAGGGCUACUUAGGCUGCAUGCAAGGACUUGUCAGGAUGUCGUCUUCGCUCUGGUCUUAGUUAGGAAGAGCUGGAUACUAAAUCCUAAUGCUGUCGCUGAUCAUCCAGUGUUUUUACACAGAGAUGAAACAUGGGAAAAACAAAAACAGCUAUUCAUUUUAUUUUUUGCACUAAAAAUAAUAAAUUCAUUUGGGGUGAUUAAAUUAUUCAGAAAUUGCAUCGUUGGGAAAAAUCUGGGUUUACUGCCACCACCUUGCUGUAUAAAAAAAAUAAAAAAAAUAAAUGCUACUAAAAUAAAUAAACUCUCCUUAAAAUCACUAGAUCAAGAUCAUCAGCCCCAAGAUGAAUGAAAUUAUGAAAAGCAACAAAAGGUGAAAUUUCAUAGGCAAAAAAAAAUUUUUUUUUUUUUUUUUUUUCCCUGUCCAUUUUUACUCAUCUCUCCAAUCUUCUCCAUUACACUGCUCUGGAAACUGGACAUUUUGUGAUUAUUUUUUUUUCCUCUGGCUGUCAUUCAGCUGAACCUUUAAAAAGCUGGUUGUGUUGAAGCUUGCUGCCAGUAAUCACAUGCAUUAAUGUUAAGUAUGUAGCUGAAGGCAGCUCAUCAGUCCAGAAACUAGAGAUGUUUUAUUUUGCAGAUUUUUAUAGAUUUUUUUUCUUCCUAUUUUUCUAUUUUAUUUAUGGUCUUCAGUCUGAUCUAAUGUGUCUCGUCUACAAAACAACGUCACGAACAAAAACUGAACAGACUGAAAAGCACGUUUUUAUUUUUAAAAACCACUUCAAAUUGUCACGUUUAAAGCCUGAAAACACACCGUUAAUGGUGACGACGUGUUCAUUAUUUAUCUGGAUCUUUAGGAACCACACGUAAUUAGAGCGUCAGAUAUUUUGGUUGAAUUGCCCUGCUGCUCCGUCUCACUCUCACCAAUGUUCACUCCAAACGUUUUAUGCUUCCAGACAUGAUGUUUGCAUGACCUUGAAUUGACUCGAGGUCAAAAUUCAUUCAUGAAUGGGCCGAAGAUAUGAGCAAUAACCAAAUUCGGACAAAGUAAGCGACCGCGACUCAAUUGGCGACUACGGAAUCUCUGCGGUAGAGAUUUUUAAUAAAGAAACAUAUUGGGGAUGUCGUGUUUAGUGUCUGUGUAAUAAAUAAAAAAAAUUCUGCCCGUAACCACACUCAUUGCACUUCAUUGGUCCCUACAAACGUAUUUGGUUUCUUUGAAUGUACAGCCAUUGUGUGUGUGUAUAUAUUUGUACGUAGUUGUUUUUUUUUUGUUUGUUUGUUUUUUUUGUUUCCACCUAAGAAUGAAGUUAACGAAAACAAUUUCAGCUGUUGGAGGAGAGAAAAAAGGAUGCAAAAUGGCGGGGAUGUAACAUUUAUCGUUUUGCUUUGUGCCUUUAUCAUUCCAUGGUAUGUUUUCUUCAUUUAAAAAAAUAUAUAUUUAUAUAGUUUACAUUGGGGGAAAAUAAGGCCUGAGGUGCGCAGGGCAGGAAUUAAAGGGUAAAUUCUGAAUUUUUCUUUCUUUCAUGUAUGUCUACCAUUGUUAUGUUUUUUUUUUUGAUUGUUUUGUUUUUUUGUUUGUUUUUGUUUUCUAAAGGAAAAAGAUCCUUAUUUUGGAUUCUUGUAUCAGAAAAUCAUAUUUAAAAUAUCUUGUAAUUUUGUAAAGUUGGCCUGUUGAGUUUUUUAAUUUUAUUCGCUUUUCUUUUUUUUUCCCCACUUUUUUUAUUGCUUGUAUCUUUCCAUUGUAUGCUCCUGGAGAGUUACUAUUUUUUAUUAGUAUUGUCUUAAUAUUUGUUUUUUUUUUCUUUUCACAUUGUUUAUCUAUCUCUGCCGGUAAUCAGUAAUGCGAAUCUACUAUUUUUUUCCAUAAUUCUGCAAUUCUAACAUACAUACAUUUAACUAGUGCUUAGACAUGUGUAAUGCAGGUGGAUUGGUUUCAGGUUUGUAACUGCUGUUCCUCACGCCGACCGACCUCCAUCCUCCUAAAGUAGGAGUGUGUUCUUUAUGUUGCCAAAGAUAGACUGGCCUAGACAGUCCUGGGCCUUAACCCUCACUCUGUCUCUCCCUCUCACACACACACACACACACACACACACACAAAAAAAACCCAUACAUAUAUACAAUCCUCAUAACUAAUGUGUGUGUAGCGUAAUAUUCAUAAGUGCAGACACACACACACGGGUCCGGACAAUCAAUCAAGGGAGGCUUUCUUUUGUGACUUUGUUAAUGCAGUAUUAAUCCUCAUUGUCUGAGGUGUGUGAGAGCAAGAGUGUGUAUACACACACACACACACACACACAGGGCAGGGCCUCUACUGUUCCUAAUCUAUUUUAGCAUAAACUUUUCGUGCAUGUUUAAGCUGAGCGCAUUGUGCAUGUUGCUAGAGAUCUCUCCUCAGGCUGCCGGAUUCGACAGCAGCUCAUGUAUUCCAGUUAAGUAAUAAAACAUGUUUGUAACAUGA